UCUUCUGUUGUUCCAGAAUAGAGUCGCAAUGAUAACUAAGAGACUUUUUUGGAAUCGUCACGAAAUCUCAGAACGAAGAAGCAUUUAUUUCGUGCCUCUCGGGUGCAGAGUUGGCGUGCCAGAAAACAUCAGGGCUUGAAAGGGCCAAGUUAGUGGUUCGGGAAUGCCAAUGACCGCAUCCACCAUCACCACUAGUGCGACACCAACUCUCCGAUCUUCUUUCCCAGACAAACACGACGGGGAAAGUAAACCAUUUUCCACUCUAGGAGUGUGAGUAGCGUACGCCUACGUCGUACACUCGCCAGUGGUUCUGCCGAUCUGAAAGCACCGGCUGGUUCGCUCCCAUCUUGUCCCUUCCAAAAAGAACUUUCUACAGGCUCCUUUUCUCGGUUCCUUGCCAUCAUUCCAAGCCAUGGAAAGGAGUCUUGCUCUAAACACCACUGAGCGCCUGACAUGGUCCUUGACUCCAUUUCUCAUCUCUGGACCGAACCAGAUAUUAUGCAUGUCCUGGCAAUGAACUUUUCAAAGCAAAAAUAACCCCACUUCCACAGGUACGUUCAUAGUGUACGAGUAUAAAUACAUGCAUUGGCUUCUAUGGGGAAAUCGUGCCAAUCCCCAAUGCACCCACCAAGGAUUAUUCAUGCCCAACCCUAGCAGAAGACGAAUCACAUUCGAGGAAGGAAGUUCAUGCACGAAGACACCAAAUACGAAGCCCACAAUGACGAAGAUAAAACGAAGCAGCACCAGCAGCACCAGCAGCACCAACAACACUAACAACAACAACAACGACAAGACCAGCAGCAGGUACAAUCGUAAUGUGAUCCAGCUCAAGAAUAUGACCGUGUCAGAAUAGGGCCUAGAAUGAGCUCAAGAAGUUGGCCUCAGUUUCUUGUUACUCACCCACCCAGUCACCCACCCAUGCUGCCACUCUAUUUCACCUCCUGUAUCGAAAACUCCAGAGUGAAUUCGAGGCUAGAAUCUACGGAACUGUACUAGGUUACAAAAGCGAGUGCAACGCAAUGAUGACAUGCGAAUACAUACAUACAAUGGAAACACCUUUGAUUACUUCACAUGUUAAUGGGUCUGACAUUCACGAAUUGAGAUUUUCUGCAAAAUACAGUGUCCUUAGGAACUUUGUAAUUGCUUGAGUUUCAGAAUAACACCACCACUGUCAAAAAAUGGUUUCUGGAACAGGGUAUGGUAGUGUGGCACUAUUAAUUCACCUAUAUAAACAUACGUGUCAUCUCGAACCAAUUCUUGAGCGGUUAUGCUAUUUUUUGACGUCGGUUACACCAUUUCUUUAGAGUACUAAAUCGACUUUUUUAAAACAGUGCUGACAAGUAGCGGAAGGAAAUGUUCGGGGAAGUGAUUAAAAUUUGCCCUCUGAUUUAUAUUUUAUGAUGAUAGUCAUCAAGCUCUAGCCAAGCCACUCCCUUGCCAAUCAUAUGUGGGAUCUAUCUAUCCGGGAUCUGAGCUUCGUCGUGAUUAGCCAGAAUCAGUAAUUAGAGGGGUAAUUCAAUGUCAGUAAGACUAAGAGGUAUAUGUAUUUCCUCUGUACGCAUAAAAAACCUGAAAAAGGUCGUAGGUUUCUUAAAGAUGUCGGGGUUGUUUUUGGUAUAGACAGCGAGGUGCUGAAAUAAAUGCAAAGGACAGUCAUCACCCAACAAUAAAGUUCAAAUUAACCCUCAGCCCAAGUGAAAUACGAGACAAAGGAGCAAAGCUUUACCCGAGGAAGCAACGGCGUUUCCAAACCAAACUUGGCAACAGUGAAAGAAACACCCGAGAAAGAUUGACGCAGGUUUGAACCAAGUAACCAGCCACACUAUACAAAAUAUACUCAAAAUAUAUUCAAUCACAAAUUAACUGGAGCUAGUGCCCGAAUCAAUAUGUGGACAUAAAAUUUGCUCCGCCAUUAGCAUGAUGUAUCAGCAUGUUGAGAUCGAUGUGCUACUUGCAUGAUCAUCAUUUCGGAGUCGAGUGGCGACUUAGUGUGGCUGACCUUUUGGCGUCAGGCAACACCAUCCAUCCUCUUGUGAUGGUCUUCCUUUACGAAAACCAAAGCGUCCAUAUCCUAAAUCCAAGCGAGGAUCUGGUGCAAUGUUGAUGACGGGGACGCUCGAAACUCGGCGUAUAAAAAGAAGCUCAUGCUUUCAAACACAACCUCAAUUGUUCGUUUGUUGUCACCAAGUUGGGUACAAGAUACUUUUUCUUACAAACGCACCAAAAUAUGAAGUUGGCUCUUUUUCUGGGUCUUCUCCUCAUUGGAGCUGCCUUAGCAGACCACAGUGGCAACAGCAACCACAACGGCAACAACAGACACCGAGGCCAACGUCGAGGCCGCCUCCUGAACGCCAACCGACGAGACAAUAACAAUGGUCAAGGUUCCGGCAACUCUGGUGCCUUCAGGCCUCACACGGCGCCCAUUCCGGUGCCUCAGGCCAAGAAUCUCCCCUUGGCGGCUGCCCGCACGCCCCGCCAGGGGAAACAGGUGUCCAUCCCAGGUGCGGUUGUCCGUAGUAAUGCUCCCAAUGCAAAUGGCGAAUAUGACUUUCAAUACCAAACCGACGACGGUGUCAACCGACAAGAACAAGGACAAACCAUCCAAAACGGAGCCGAAGACAUCAACGAAAUCACUGGACAGGUGAGCUGGACCUCACCCGAAGGAGAGCUUGUUACCUUGAACUAUGUGGCCAACGAGAACGGCUAUCAACCUACCGGCAGCCACGUCCCCGUCGACAACCAAGAGUUGCCUUUGGCCAUCCGUUUGGGCCAGGAGCUCAUUCAACGCGUUGCCGCCAGGGAUGCCGCCCGACAAGGUUAAGCAAAUGAUCUCCGUACAAAAAAAACAACAGCAACAACCCACAAAAUCCCUAAUACUCCUUGUGUAUGAUCGCCUCUCCAGGCUUAUUUAACCGAAAAUAAAUUAUCCUUUUUUUGUAACAAA